CCGUACGACUUACUUAAUAAUUUUCUUAUCUCCGUUAAUCAGUAUGAGUUUCUGAUUAUUUCUUAUUUGAAUUAAUAAUAUGUGAAAUCACAAGAAAUCUGUGUAGAAAUGGCUGGGAGUAUUCACGAAGGCCCCGAGUUUGGGGUCGGGGACUUUGUUUUGCUGCAUGAUUUAACGCUUGAUGCGUUUAUGGAAAAUUUAAAACUGCGAUACAGUAAAAAUAAAAUCUACACAUACAUAGGAGAGGUGGUGGUUUCGGUGAACCCAUAUAAGACUGUGGACAUAUACAACCCCAAUUAUGUCGACGAAUACAAAGGGAGGGAAAUUUACGAGAGGCCGCCCCACAUUUUUGCCUUGGCAGACUCUGCGUACAAAACCAUGAAGAGACAGAGCAGAGACACAUGUAUAGUCAUAUCAGGUGAAUCUGGCGCAGGCAAGACGGAAGCCUCUAAAAUCAUUAUGAGGUACAUCGCUGCCGUAACCAACGUGGGGGGACAGAAGGAAGUGGAAAGUCGAAGUGAGAUAGAGAGAGUUAAAGACGUCUUAGUCAAGUCCAAUGUCAUCUUGGAGGCUUUUGGGAAUGCCAAGACAAACAGGAACGAUAACUCCAGUCGCUUUGGGAAGUACAUGGACAUCAACUUUGACUUCAAAGGGGAUCCCAUAGGGGGGCAUAUCAAUAACUACUUAUUAGAAAAAUCUCGUGUAGUACAUCAGCAGGCGGGAGAGAGAAAUUUCCACUCGUUUUACCAGCUACUGUACGGAGCCAAGGACGAGAAAUUAAAGGAGUACAAGUUAGCACGGGAACCUCAAAAAUACUUCUAUGUCAACCAGGGAGGGGAUCCAAAGUGUGCAACGGUGCAUGACAGGGAUGAUUAUAGGUCAGUAAUGAACGCCCUGAAGGUCAUGGGGUUCUCUUACGCUCAUGCUGAGGCACUGUGGAAAGUUGUGGCUGCCAUUCUCCAUCUGGGAAAUCUAGAUUAUGUCUCGGUGGACGACCAUGAUCAUGCAGGUGUGUCUGAUGAAACGUUGCUAGGCAACAUUGCUGGGUUGUUAUCGGUAACCACUGAAAAUCUUAGGAAAGCCCUCUGUUUCCGGGUCAUCGCAGCUGGAGGUCAAGUGGUCGAAAAACAGCUGUCCACGUCUGAUGCCGUUUAUGCCAGGGAUGCUUUUGCCAAGGCUAUGUAUGACAGAAUGUUUACGUGGAUCGUCAGUAAAAUUAAUGAGGCUAUCGAUCCUAAGGCCAGUGGGAUUUCUUAUGUGGGGAAAAACACAGUCAUAGGAGUGCUGGACAUCUACGGAUUUGAAAUUUUUGACAACAACAGUUUUGAACAGCUGUGUAUCAACUACUGCAACGAGAAGCUGCAGCAGUUAUUUAUAGAACUGGUUCUAAAACAGGAGCAGGAGGAGUACCAGAGGGAGGGAAUAGAAUGGCAGCACAUCGAGUACUUCAACAACAAGAUCAUCGUGGACCUGAUAGAGGCCCCACAUAAAGGGAUACUGGCCAUACUCGACGAAGCGUGCCUCAGCGUAGGAAAGGUCACGGACGAGAUGUUUUUAACAGCCAUGGCUCAGAAACUGGGGAAGCAUGACCACUUUACCUGUAGAUCUCUUAAUCCUGCAGACAAGACACUGGAACAUUCCCGCGACUUCCGAAUAAAACAUUACGCGGGUCAGGUGACAUACCAGGUGCCAGGAUUCAUUGAUAAAAACAGAGACAGUCUAUUCCAGGAUUUCAAAAGACUUCUUUAUAACAGGCAA